CAAUUGGCACAUUGAUUCAUGUUGCGGAGUAAUUCCGGCAGCACAUUGCAUCAUCAUGUCUGCUUGCACUGUGUUCUUGAAUGGCUCGAAGCCUUCCUCGUCAUGGCCGGGGAGUUGUUUGUGAUCUAGUUCGUUUGUAACCGGAUGGCGUUUGCUAUCUUGCUGCUUUUGCAGUAUGCCUUGGCUGAUCCGGGCUUGAUGCGUAGAGGUGUGGAUGUGGCAAAGCGCCAGCCACUGAUGCGCUCGCACAAGAACGAGCAUGAGGUGUUCGAGACCAAGCGCCCCAUGCGUCGCCCCAUCUUCCCACGAGAAUCUCGAGGAGCAGAAGCAUCGGAAGACUUUUCCAAGUGUGGCCAGUGGAGUAUUGACGCCUGGAGCCAGUGGAGUAUUUGCAGUGUGGGGAAGCGUGUCCGUACACGUGACGCGGUUGGGCUGGCGGCCGAGUACCAGUUCGGCUCGAAUCUCACGACGCGGUCCGAGAAGUCCCUGCGACUGCCAGAAGGGAUGCAAGCGGCACGCUGGUCUGGGCGCCUGCUGGUCUCAGAGCCAGGCAGGUACUCCUUCCACAUCACAGGGCUCCGCUUGAAGCUGGGUGCCGCUUUCGUUGCCGAUGCCGAUCAUGCCGAUGGCAAGAGCUUCAAGCGAUGGCUCCCGCAAGGCGGGCAUUCCAUUCUGCUGGAAGCGCGGGCUCCAUCUGCUGGUGUCUUGAAAUACAGUGGCCCAGAUACGGCCGGCCGUGUGCUGGAAGUCCCAUGGAGCGUUCUGCGGCAUGAGCCGGAACAAGAGGAGCUGGCGCGCGGUGUGAAGAGUUCCGCUUGCAGCUUCGUGGAGACGGAGAGCUGCGCGGGUGCCGUGGACUGCGCGUGGGGGGACUGGGCGGCCUGGGGCCGCUGCUCCGCGACCUGCGGCGGCUCCAUGCAGCGGGCCCGGCGCGUGGCCGUCCGCGCACAGCGCGGCGGCAAGGCCUGCGAUGCGGACUCGGAUGCCUCGGAGCAGGCGCCCUGCGCCCCGUGCCGCUUCUGGUGAAGGAACUCGAGAGGAACUGAAGGGACUGAAUGAGGGCAG